UCAUUCAUCCAAAAAACCGAAAAACCGAAAAAUUCACGCAAGACCGCCAAAACCUCGCUCGUUACGCCAUGAAAAGACCAAGAAGCCGCGUUUUUGACAGAUGGACGACCAAACCAACCGCGUGUUGCAAAAUAUGAUCGCGUACCAUACAGUAUCACCACCAUGAGGCAAUAUGAAACCACGAGGAUACGGCGGAGACAAGCAACUUGUCGCACCACAGCAGCCCAUGGAAUGCUUUGCCUUUUAGCCUUUGCAUUUUUUGAGGCCAAUGGUCGGUGGGUGACGACAGUCACACCAUGGGUACAAUCUGUGGGAGCUUUUGCCCCCGUGGUAAUUCAACCAAGAAUUCCAACUUCUUCUUUUCCGUCUCGUGAUCAAAACUGCCACAACAGUAGAGCAGUGCUUCCAUGCAAAGGAAUGCCCUUCCCCGGGCAAGCAGGCUCGUUGACAAAAACUGUUCACGCGUCGAGUCUCUCGGCUAUGCCAAUGGAACUGGCCUACACGCUUUCGGGAGCCUACGGGACGGCGCUCCUUGAGCACCCCCUUCCAACCAAAUCACUGACGGCCGGCAUUUUGUGUGGGAUUGGUGACGUCCUCGCCCAAAGCCGAGGAACCAACGAAGACAGCACCAGUAACUACAAUCUCCAGCGGACGCUGCGGUUUGCCUCCAAGGGUUGCCUCGGGGGAAUCCUGUGGACCUUUUGGUACGAUCAAAUCGACAGCUUUCUCCGGUUCCAAGAGGAUAUCGACCAGAUUGGAGGUGACGGUAGCUACAACCACAACAAAAUAUCGCUGUACGUUCUAACGGGGAGCAUCUUUUCGGUCCAGGCUAAUGCCUCCUUUCUAGCCUUUUGCAAGGCCCACACGGCCGCGGUGACGACUCUGAUGUCCAUCCUGAUGGAACAAUUCCUGUGGUGUCCACUCGUUUACGGAACGUUUGAAAUUCCAAUCUCGACCCUGAUGAACGGUGGAUCCGUGGGCAGCAUCCGGGGGGAAGUAACAAGCAAGCUCAACGGCCUGCUCGUGUCGAAUGCCAAGGUCUGGACCCUGGCCAACCUCUUGAUUUACAACGCGCCGUUGGAGUGGAGACUCUUCAUCGGAAACGUCAUUGAUAUUUUCUGGCAGAGCAUUGUCGCGGAUGUUUCGGCCGACUGUGGAGGACUGGGGCAAGAAGAAUGUGGGUUGGAUGGAACCGAAACGACUUUCAUCUCGGCAGGGGAAGAGAAGGAAAUUGAAGCGGCGAUGAUGGCAUCAUCGACAGCACCAGUCAAUGAUAGGUUGCUCCAAACAAUCGAGUAGAGCAAGGUUCAUCUUUCUGGGUUUUGGAAAAGAGUCGGACGUCAUGCUUAAUGCUAAUACUUCUUUCAUCUGCGAAAAUCAAAAUUAUAAGAGAGGAAUUUGAUUGACUAUUUGGGAAUAUUCGGCUGUAAUAUAGCUUCGAUAGAUUACAACGCGACCGCAGCAGCAAGGGACUAUAUGUUAUGGUAGAUUCCAAUCCAGUCCUCUCUGGCUGCAUCUUGAAUAUAACAAUACUAAUGAU